UGGUACACUUCCGUAAAGUCCUUCCGUGAAUGUGCACGUGAAAAAGGUUGACAUUGCGCGAAACCUUGUGGAGGAUGUUGCUUGUUUAAGGAUCACACGGCUUUUAUUGAGAAAAUAAUCACCAUGGCUUCAUCCUGCACAAAGCUGUGUCUUCAAUGCAGAAGUCUUCUCUGUUCCAAGACAGUGGCUAGUACCUGGAAAUAUGCAACUCGGGCUCACCAUUGCGCUGCUGGUACAAGGAUACCGGUUCAUUUCCUGAAUGGAUUCUCAGUUCUUAAUGAAGAUCAAAAAACAACUCAGACAAGACUGAGGUGGAAACAACAGAUGUUGUAUUACAGCAAUCUCUCUGCCAUUCAUCAGACAACAGAGGUAAAGGAAAACAAGGAUUCUGAAGAACUGUCAAAAGCUAAUGUGGUAGUGUACCAGAACCCCUUGCUACCAGUAGAUGCUGUGCCAGUGACCGAAAGCCAGAUGUCUUUAGAUCUGGAUGCUGCUGCUGAACUGUCAGCAUUAGAGGAGAUCAGUGAUGAAGAGGCUGUCGGUAUAUCUGUUCCCUUUGCCUUGCCUCCAGCCUCCACAUCUCUUAGAGACUAUGUUGACCAGUCUGAGACGCUCAGUAAACUCGUACAGCUAGGUGUAAACCUUUGGAAGCUUGAACAGAGGCCCAAUGUGGGCUCCAUGCUGCUGAGGCUCAACUUUAACACCGAUGUGGCCCCUAGGCUGCUGUUUCUCAAAGAGGUCGGAGUGGAGAACUCUCGCUUUGGCUAUAUCAUCACCCACAAUCCUUUCAUUCUUACAGAGAGUUUGGAAAACCUACAAGCAAGAGUGGACUAUCUUAAGUCAAAGAAGUUCAGUUCUGAGACAGUUGCAUCCAUGGUGUCGAGAGCUCCAUAUCUGCUGAACUUCAGUGUGAAGAGGCUGGACAACAGAUUGGGCUUCUAUCAGCAGCAACUCCAACUUAGUGCUACUAAUACACGGGACGUUGUAGCUCGUCUGCCAAGAUUACUGUGUGGCAGUUUGGAACCUGUUAAAGAAAAUUUAAAGGUGUGUGAAAUAGAGCUUGGCUUUAAGCAGAACGAAAUUCAGCACAUAGUUUUAGCUGUCCCCAAAGUGCUGACAGCCAAUAAAAGGAAGCUAACUCAAAUAUUUGACUUCAUCCACAAUACCAUGAAAGUGCCCCACCACCUGAUCGUCAAGUUCCCACAGGUCCUUAAUGCCAAGUUCUUGCGCAUCAGAGAGCGCCACCUGUUCCUUGAGUACCUUGGCAGGGCCCAGUAUGAUCCAACCCUGCCCAGCUACAUCUCCCCUGAACGCCUAGUGUCCCUGCCGGAUGAGACAUUUUGUGUGCAGUUGGCUUUGGCCACUUUGGACGAUUUUUAUUUGUUUCAAAAGACACUUUAGUUCAUCAUGAAUGGAGAAUCAAAUGGACCUCAGAAUGAAGUCAAGCACCAAAAAUAAAUUGAUACAGACAUUACAGUCUUAAAUGUAUCAAUGCUGCAUGUAUUGAUAUGUUUGCUUUGUAAAUAUGAUGUUAAAUAAAUGUAUAUGUAAAUAUGAAUGCUUUCUAUUAUGACUGUGUCCAGGUGUAUGUCUCUUCAUGAUGAGACAAUACAUGUGGGGUAGUUAUGUUAAGUUCAAAGUACAUAUAACAUUUACAUCAGUUGAGGGGUUGUAUAUAGAUGUUUGGUAUGGUAAUUAGUGUUUCCAAUUUUUGUGUGCAAAGGGUCAGGUCCCACUUUUCAGUUGUGGAUAGGAGUAGCUUAUUUUACCUACACACGUUACACACUGUACUUGACUACUGACUCAAAAUACUUAAAUAAAUACUGUUGCCACUUUA